AUGGACAAGCUGCCCCUAUUUGGUCUGUCUCUGCUUUGCCUCUCAGGGGCUGGAACUAUUCAAUGCAAACAAUGCUUAUUCUAUAAAGAUGGGAAGUGUGAGGAGGCUGAGCAGACCUGCACCCUGAAAGAAGAUGAGUCCUGCAUGAUCCAGACAAUAUUUUUUCCCUUUAGCAUAGAGGGGAAGUAUGAGCAGAUCCAGGCAGGCUGUGAGCCAAACUGCAAGAGUGGUGAGGACAUCUUUGAGAAGCAGGUUAUUAUAACCAGCUGCUGUAAAAUGAAUUUUAGCAAUGACCCUUCCUUUUCUCAAGUUGUUUCAGAGUGA